CAACUAUAAUCGAGUAAUCGAACUUUGAUCGAUGGAGCUCCUGGUGAGUCCACGGUUUGCUACCCCCGCUGGACGUCUAAGGGACUAGGAGUAUAAUAAUUAAUAAACGUCCAGCGGGCAUGGAGAAAACACAAUCCAAAGCUGCUUCAAAAAUACCCAAAAAAAAUAAUCAUGAACCCUAGUUCGUCCGUAAAAAGCGAUACUCAACCUGCCCCGCCUCCAACCGACGACUUUGAUGAUCUGUAUUGGCGCAUCAAGUAUGGCGCCGGCGGAGAACCAUCCACCAAAAGACAAAAACAAUCCGAAUCCGAGAAAGAAGAUGGUCUCUUUCGUGAGCCCCCAUCAACAGACGACAUCAUGAGUCCGGACUCGGAAGAGGAGGAAUCCUGGCUCCUCGGAAGAACUGAAGAAGAGGCCGCUAAGAUGUGGCAUAAAUACAGCAGUCAGAUCAAGGAGAGCGGGGGUUUUGAUGUUGAUGAGGAUGCGUAUCCUGGAGGCUCCUUUGCUAUGUACGUGCCUUGCCCAGAAUUCAGGGAGGAUGAGGGAUGCUACGACUUAGUGAAGAAAAUGGCACGUGAGGCGGUGAAGACCUUCAAGGAUGAUCGGGGCAAACAGUAUGAACUUGUGGAUGUUGAGAAUGUCGUUUGGACACUCAAUCGUCUGUUUUAUAUCACCUUUAAAGCCAAGCAACUUGAUGCCCCCUCUGAGGCCAAAGCUGAUGAUGAUGUGAAGACAAUGCAAGCGGUCGUUUUCAAUUGCUUCAGUCAUUUUCCCGUCCAAAGUUGCAGGAUUAAACCAACUAACUAGGCAGUUCAA